CCCACAUUCGUCCAUUCAUCCAAGCCCGGACAUACUAUGCUCGCCUCACCGUACCAAUCCUCGCAAGCUUUCUUCCGCUUCUCGACCGAAUUCCGCGGCCCGCGGAUUUCUGUUCCAACGUCUCCCUCGACCGUCUCUCCAAGGCUCCGACCGCCACGUGUCAUCGCAGCCCACAGCUCGGCCGAUAGACAGACGCCGCCGCCUCCCGCCCCCGCCUCGUCCGCAAUGGCAUCCACCGCGUCCCUCUACGAUGUCCUCGGCCUAUCAACUGGAGCCACGUGCCAGGAAAUCAAGGCUGCUUACCGUAGGUUGGUCCGCCUCUGCCAUCCCGAUGUCGUGGCGACCGAUCGUAAGGACAGGUCCGCGGAGCAGUUCAUGAGGAUCCACGCGGCUUACUCCACGCUGUCCGAUCCUGAGAAGCGGACCGACUACGAUCGGAAGCUUCUCCUCAACCGUCCGUUUCCUUCCUCAUCUUCCUUCAAGGCUUCUAGUUUUAGCGGGUACGGUCGACGGACAUGGGAGACGGAUCAGUGCUGGUAGUCAGUCAACGGCUUAUAAUUAAUUAUUUGGGGUUAAUCAGGAUUAAGGAAAAAAUCGGUGAUUUUCUAUCUUAACAAAGACACAGGAGGUUUUGCACAGACGUCCGUAGCAUGGAGAGAUCCUAUCUUGCGCGGGGGUGCAGUAAGACCGCAGCCGUUAGAUUGCGUCUUAAUCCCGUAGCAUUUUAUGAAAAGUCGUGUGCAAGCCGUGACUAGGACGGAAGUAUCUGACUGAGUGCGCAAGGCUCCACUGGUCGCAUAUAGUGGUAAAUGAUUUGUAAUUUGUAAUAUUCGUCGAAACAUGGAGUGAUGGAAUCCUUGUAAAUGUAUACAAUAAAUUACGGUUUUAGAA